AUGUACAACACCGGUGGUGCAGAGAAUGGGUAUUCCGCCCACAAUCGGAGAAUGUAUGAUCAUCCCCCUCUUGAACCUGCUCACCAAAAGAGCCCAGCGGAUGAUUUAGUUGACAAGGAAAAAGCGCGGACUUUCGAGUGUUACCCUUCCUGUGCACUCACAGGGAACUUUGCAUCCAUCAUAUCCGUCGACCAAAACAUUAUCAAUCUAGGAAAUCAACUGAUGUUCCUGGGUGUUAUUGUACUUGAGAUACCAUCGAAUAUUAUUUUACACAAGAUUGGUCCUCGCCAAUGGAUCAGUGCACAAGUCUGCGUAUUCGGGAUAGUAGCCUGCUUACAAGUACUUGUGCGCAACAAGUUAGGUUUCUUACUCACAAGAACAUUUUUGGGUCUUGCUGAAGCUGGGUACAUUCCUGGUGCCAUGUACACACUUUCUACUUGGUAUACGAAACAAGAGUUGACAAAACGAAUCGCCAUAUUCUUCUUUGGCAUGUUUGGCGGAACAGCAGUUUCUCCGCUUCUUGGAGCUGCCCUCUUGAAAUUGGACGGGAAAAUGGGUCUCUUUGGCUGGCAAUGGAUCUUCCUCGUCGAGGGUCUAUUCUCCAUCGUGGUGUCUAUUAUUCUCUUUUUCUUCCUUCCAGAACACAAGGAAGUUUCUGUGUUGCCCAAUCAAGUACACCUUUCGCAGCCUGGAGGGCUUGGCCCAAUGCACAAACCAUUGCCUCACCCUGGCAAAACGCAUAUAUCAUUCAAUUUGGUUUGGAAGACGUUGACAAACGUACGCAAAUGGCCGCACUUUAUUGCCACAGGCUGCGUCUUCGCUACAUGGAGCCCUCUCACGACAUAUACUCCUAGCAUUUUUGUGGAACUGGGCUUUUCCCGAAUCAAGGCAAACGCAUUGUGUGCAAUCGGUAGUUUGCUCACCCUCCCCGUGAUUUUGUUUUUUGCGUGGAUCAGCGACAAAUCAAACAAAAGGGGCCUUGCUGUUAUGGUUGCUAUCUUCGUCUACUUGAUCGCGCUAGUAAUUCUAAGAAUUAUGGUGCACCGUGUGGAUAAUUGGGGCAAGUUCGGACUCUGGACAGCAGUCAAUGCUUUGGCUGUGGGCUAUCAUCCAAUCCACAAUUCUUGGAUCCAAAUUAACUGCAAGAGCUCUGAAGAGCGGAACAUAAGCGUUGCGUGA